AUGUCGAACAGCACGGAUGCGGGGCGUGACUGCGUUACCGUCAAGGGACACUUCAACAGCCUCUGCGACACCUACAUUGGUGAAGUUGUCAACUCCUCUCUCCCCAGCACAGAUGCCACACUCAACGCCCAGAUACGCGUGUUGGUGGCGGAGUUUGAGCUGUUCUGGCGCCACCUCUCCGCCGUUGGAGCUUUUUCACCAAACGACGAGAUCGACGACUACUCGACGACAGCGCUGGAGAUGCUGUGGACACCGUACAUUCUGGCGGACCUCUUCCAGCGCAUCCAGGGCCCCAUGAAACGUGCCCAGGAUAGCCGCGCUGGGAACGGUGGUGACAGCAGCAACAGGAUCGCGGAGCAGCAAGCGGGCUCGGCAGACGAGCGCAUGCGGGGCGAGGACGUGCUUCGUCAAAGUGAGCAGGACAAGGGUGCGCAACACAUGGAAACGGUCGCGCAUUCCGCGGCUAAUCUGACCUCUCGCUCCCUUCGAGAGGAGGAGCUGCGGUCUUUGUCGCGGCAAGAGGCGCUUGCCCGCUCUCACGCGUGGCUCAGGGUGUUCUUUGAGUGGAUGGAGAAUAUCGAGCUUGUCGACAAGAAGAUGCUGAACACGCAUGCCGUGUACCGUGCCGACCAACGGUCGCAGCGCAUUGAGCUCUCUCGCACCAUCGCAUCGCUUCGGGCGGCGCUGAAGGCCGAGGAUGACAAGGUGGGCUACCUCCGGGCGAAGCGGCGCCGCAUGCGGGAGCUGAUGGCCGAGGAGGGCGAGGCGGCAGAGGAAACGGGAGGCGAGGAGGAGGAGACGCUGCGCGCGCGUGCGUUGGCGCGGCUGAAGUGGUCUAUUUAUGAAGGCUGCCAUCAGCUUCAAAUAUCGUCUCGUGAGCUCAGCAUGCUCGAGGCGUUAAACCCAGAUCAGCGGGCCGCCAUCUCGAAGCAGUACCAGGACACCAUGGACUCCGUGCGCCGGGGAGAGCUGUCGCUGGGGCGGCACACCUACACGAUUCUGCCGGGCGGCAUGAUGGCGGCUGGGACAGUCGAUCACCCGCAGCAGGUGCGCACCAGCGACAUUGUGCAGUCGGGCGGCGUUACAGCACCUGCAGCGACCGUGACGACUGUCGCCGCCUCCUCUCUCGCCAUCCGCGGCAGCAGCAAUGCUCAAGUGUACCGUCAGCAGAUCCGGAACGAGUUGAUGAUAGACCGCAACGCUCCGACCAUGACACUGCAGGAGUUCGCCGAACUGGAGAUGGCGGAGAUUCAGCGGCAGAUGGACGAGGCCCAGGCGAAGCAGCAGCAACAGGCCGAGGAGGACGCACGUCUUGGUCUGGACGGCGUGGAGGAGCGCCAGCGGCAGAAGGACAGCGCCUGGGACGACUGGAAAGACGAUCAUCCAGCCUACGGACUGACGAACAAGGGCAACUACUCCUGA